AUGCUACAAGCGAUAUCGCCGCUUGCGUGCUUUUGUGUGCCGUUGCUGUCGGUGCUGAGGCCCUUGCAGAACCGAGACCGUUCCGCACUACCGCGUCGCAAUGCGGAGGCUGGAUACUCACGCCGCAAAACAGGUGUGACACGACGGUCUGGAGUAUUCUGCCUUGAUGAUGCCAGCGUGGACAUUGGUUGUUUGAACAAUUGGUGCAGUAACCACGUUCCCUUCGCUACUUCCCUGUUGCCCUCCUUUGGGAUUUCUUCGCUUCAAGAAAAAGAGGUCUCCUGA